UGUGUAUAUUUUUUAGACUCAAGUUGAUAUUGAUACAUAUUUAGUUUUAUACCUAUUAAAAUAUAUUCAACCUUUUAUGUCCUUGCUGUGGCAUGAGGUGUUUUAAUCCAAUUAAGAGUCUUGUUGAAGCCGAAUCUUGGAGGACGUGGUGCAAAGAAAAAGCAACAUGUAAUUUAAAUUAUUUACUGAUAAAUGUAUUAAUUAUUAAAUACAAUUAAUUAUUAGCAAUACUCGUGCAGCUCAAUACCCAACAUAUUAGAAAACAGCUUUCAAACCACAGGAAUAAAUCAAUUGUAAAUAAUAAAGGUCAAAACUGAAUGUGAUUGUUUUCAGUGACUGUGCCUGCAAAGACGCGCCACAGGAGGUCGCUGUCCCUCAGCAGUGAAAGCAGACAAGUGGGCGGGGUAUUGGACCGUCACUGACUCACUGAACAUGGCCUCACGUUGGACUGCCGAUCAAUGGACAUUCUCUCAGGGGCGCCGCAAGGAUGUCCAGAUCUCCAUCCGUGAGUACCGACCCUCGGAUCAGCGUGCCGUCGCUCAACUAUUUCGCGACGGAGUCCGUGAACACAUCUACCCGGCCUUCUUCAAGUCCAUGGUCCACCCCGACCACGUGGGCGUGGCGCUGAGCCUCUCCAUGGCGGGCUACGUGCUGGGGGGCAGCUCCUACUUCCAGGCGCUGCUCUUCGGAGCGGCGUGGGCGGGGCUUAUCUACUUCUGCUGCCACGAGAUCUACGAGGGCUACCUGGCCAGGAGGCUGGGCGCAGACAUGGCCGACAUCUGGUCGAGCUACACGGAGAACCCGGAUAACGGAUUCUGGGUGGCGGAGGCGGACGGGCGCGAGCCUCCCAGGGUGGUGGGCGUGGUGGCGGUGAUCGGGCGAAGGGCGGGGGACAACGCCAACGGCAGGGUGGCGACGGGGAGCGCGGACAACGAGGGCGGGGCUACCGGGGAAUUGUCCCUGGUGGUCGUGGCGUUCCCGUGGCGGCGCAAAAAAAUGGGCUCCCAGCUGACCCAGCGAGCUUUGGACUUCUGCAAAGAGCGGGGCUUCGCUCGCCUCGCCCUGGACAUCAGCUCGCCACAGUCGGGCGCCGCCUCUCUGCUACGGAAGUUGGGCUUCGUUCAGACCUCGUCGCACGGCGUCACGCACGCCAACCGACUUAUCUCCAUUCUGGCCCGAAUCACCGUGAGCCGCAUGGAGAAAGUCCUCUGAGACACUCAAAGUCCACAUUUUCACUUCCUGUUUCCUUAAAUACCGUCCUGGGCUCUACAUAAAUAAACGCCGGACCUCAAGUCGACGCCUCCUUUGUUCCCCCGAAAAAGGCAAAUUAACUUUUCUGUGACCUCGUUACAACAAGGCACGACGUGGCAUCUGUAAAGCCGCUGACGCUCAGAAUAUAUCCGAUUGAAAAACCACCAAAGUUUCUGAGAACUUUAGUGAGGAGUUGGGCAGAAGGAAGGAAACGCUGGACAUGGAGCCUUCAAUUACGUAACACAACAAACACGUUAAAUUAUUCAACAAUAUUAUAAAAUCACACCAAUACAUAUUCAUCUUUCAUUAAAGUAUAGUAUUUCAUUUUAUUAGACAUAAUUUGUACAAAAUCUACAUUUCAUUUAAAUAUGAUAUAAUUUAAUUAUAACAAACAUAAUUAAUAAUAACUCAUGUUUUAUUUAAAAAAAAAUUUUUAAUUCUACACUUUUUAU